GCUACCACCACCACCACCGACAUUACCAAUGCCUCCUGCAAUCGUCCAGUUCACCCCAUUUCCAUCUCUUUCUCAUCCCUCCUUCUGGCACAAGCUCACUCAGCUCAAGCUCGAUGUUCUUAAACUGUCCGAUGUCCAGGUCGAGAUCACUGGCUCCUACGGCGUAGGUCGCCUCAUCAAAGACAGAGAGGCUGGUGCAUGGAUCAGUGUUAACGCGAAUCUCGCAGUUGAGGAAGAGAGUUUCACCGAUAUCAAGAUACCCGCAGGCUCCGUAGCUGCCAGAGGAAUUCUCAAGAACUAUAAUACCAUAGAAGAGUUCAAGGCCGCAGAUAAGACGAAACUCUUCAACGAAUGCGCAGACAAGAUUUGGGACUCCAUAGUGACAAACAAGGAUACCUCUGAGCUCAAUUCGUUUCUGGUCAUAACGUAUGCCGACCUUAAGAAGUACAAGUACUACUACUGGUUCGCUUUCCCUGCUUUCGUCGCGUCACCCGCAUGGCACAUCACUGAACGCGGUUGGGUUCCCGCUAUCCAGGCUGGCUUCAGUGAAGCGCAGAUGACCUCGAUUCACGAUCAACUCUCCGAAAAUCAGCCUGCGUUAGCAUUCUUUGUUGUCCUCAUCUCCCCCAGCGCUUCUACAGAAGUGACAGUCUCUCCGAUUGAUGCUUAUGUCCCGGGUGCUACUGUUGGUUUCAUCGAUCCGUCGGCGCAGCCUCAGAACCCGGGAUGGCCAUUGAGAAAUUUGUUGACAUACCUCAGAUACUCGUGUCCGGAUUCUACGUCUUCUUUGGACAUCCUUUCGUGGCGAGACGCCGAGAUCCCUCGGGAAGGUUGGAAGAGUCGCGUCGGGAGUCUGAUGGUUGGCGACGGCGAUCUAAACAAAACGGUGGCAGCCCCCAAAGCUAGGCCGAGUGCUGUCGGCUGGGAAAAGAACGUUCAAGGGAAGUUGGGUCCCCGUGUGGCGGAUCUCGCGCCCAUGAUGGACCCUACAAGGCUAGCAAAUCAAGCAGUAGAUCUCAAUCUCAAGUUAAUGCGCUGGCGUAUUGUUCCAUCUUUGGACCUGGACAGGAUCGCAGCGACGAGGUGUCUCUUGCUCGGUGCCGGGACACUAGGAUGUUAUGUUGCAAGGUGUCUGAUGGGAUGGGGAGUUCGCACAAUCACGCUUGUUGAUUCGGCGCGCGUGUCAUUUUCGAAUCCUGUCAGACAACCAUUGUUCCAAUUCAACGACUGUUUGAAUGGAGGAAGACCUAAGGCAGAGUGUGCUGCGGAAAGAUUACAGGAAGUAUGGCCUGGUCUGAAUGCUUCUGGCUAUACCCUCUCUAUUCCAAUGCCUGGGCAUCCUAUACCAGCAUCUCCCUCCAUCUCUGAGCAGGUCAAACAGGAUGUGGAGAAGUUAGAAAAGCUGAUUGAAGAACAUGAUGUUGUUUAUCUACUCAUGGAUUCAAGAGAGAGUCGUUGGUUACCUACAGUCAUUGCACGAUCAAAGGGCAAGCUGGUUAUGAAUGCUGCUUUAGGAUUUGACACUUUCCUGGUAAUGAGACAUGGGACAAGGCAGACAACAGAUGAUAACCCCAGAUUGGGAUGCUACUAUUGUAAUGACAUUGUUGCACCUGCUGAUUCAUUGACAGAUCGCACAUUGGAUCAGAUGUGUACAGUAACACGUCCAGGGCUUGCAUCUAUUGCUGCUUCCACUGCUGUUGAAUUGAUGAUAAGUGUUUUACAACAUCCAAAAGGGAUACAUGCUCCUGCUCCACCACUAUCAUCAAAUUAUACAGAUAUGGUGGAUAGUAAUGAGGAGACAAGUGCUCUUGGCUUGGUUCCACAUCAACUUCGUGGUUAUCUUGCUCAAUUCCGUAAUAUGCAUAUUGUUGGUGCUGCAUAUGAUAAAUGUACUGGUUGUAGUGAAACUGUGGUAAAUGCAUAUGAAACAGAAGGCUUUUCAAUGCUUCUUAAUGCUUUCAAUGAUUCAAAGUACUUGGAAAGAUUGACAGGGCUAGAUAAACUAUUUGAUGAAGGUGAAAAGGCAUUACAAGAUGUAGAAUGGAUAGAAGAUGAGGAUAAGGAUAAUGAUUUUUAAUCUAAAUAAUUGUCUAUUAUAAAUGUUCUUUUUCAUCUAAUUAUACAAGUGCAAAAAUACCAGAAAUCUAUAUUAGAUAGAGACUUUUAUGAUUGUAUAUCUGGUGUAAGGAAUAUCUAUCUAGGUAGUAUUUUCUGCAUUUCUCUUCCCUUCAAUCCCAAUGGGUAUAGGCUUGUAUUAUAUAAUUUGGUAGUUUUUGGAUGCCUGUAGAGCUCUGCAAUGGAUGUCUUCUUAUCCAUCAUCUAUGCACAGCACAUAUUCUUCUGCCUCUAAUAUUGAGAGAGAUGGUAAGAGUAAAUACUUCCUGCUAGAGAAAAGAUAUUCCUAGCUUUUGUGCAUCUUUCCUGAUAUUCAAGUCCUUGCUUUUGAGCCCCAAGUGC